ACCCUUCCAAAAGCAGAAAACACCUUCACUGAUGGUGCCGUUGCGCUGAUAGCAUUGUUCCUGCCGCCUAUUCAGCAAGUAGAGGUCCUUGGGUCUUUGUUGCACGCAGAGGGUUCAUCCAUCGAUAGGAUCUUGAGAUUGGCCCAGAUCCAACGGCCCUGGCCUUCCGUCUGUAGGAAGGGCUGUUAUUUUUGCUGGGAAAGUUUUACCUCUCGGAGCGCUAGCAAUGCGAUCCAUGGAGGGGAGGUUAAGAAGCCAUGUGGAGCAGGAGCAGGAGAGAGUCGGGCUUCUGCCUCAGGGAGGGAGGCUUCGCCGUGAGCUUUGCCUUAUCCGAGAGUUUUUCCUAAGCUGAAUAUCUCGCCCGGACUCUAAGGCUUCUCGUUUUAUUGGUUACGGUCGGCCCGACAAUAUUCUUGUGGAAGCAGAUCGGCUCCGAUUCUGAGGCAUUCGAGUGCGUUUGAGAGCGGAGAGCGCGACGAGGGGCUUAUCUUGGGAGCAAGACGAGUGUCCAGACGUUCUUACGUUCUAAGAAAGUCGAACGACUCAGAUCGUUUGAUCAUCCAACUUAAUUUCAAUCAGCCAUGGCGACAGCAGCGGAAACCGCCAACGCCCAGAACAUUCCUGCUGCAGCAGCUGCUGUUCCAGCACCUGAAUCAUCGUCGGCUUCAUCGGCUUCAUCGUCAUCAGCCUCAUCUCUCCCUUCACAUCUAACCGCAUCAACGGCCGCAAUGUCAGGUUCAUCUGCAUCUCCAUCCUCGUUAACAGCAGCAUCGGGUUUCGCUACAGACUCCAGCGCGCAAGAGCAGUCGGCUCCGGACUCUUGGGAGUCGGACGAUCUCGACGAGCGGUUGAAGCACCUGCAAAUAGUCAAGCCCGUGACGCCUGUGACUACAACGAAUGUCGAGAACGGCAGCGAGAGCAACCAGUCGAGCCAGCAACCAGCGCUCCAGCAAUCGGCAACGACACCGCAGCAAUCGGCGGGCCAGCAACAAGCGGUGGACAAGCGAUUGGAGCUCGUCGAUAGCUUUCUCAGAGAGGCUCUCGCGAAUCCUCGCGACCGACUCACGAUUCUCCGCAUGGAGCAGGACGUCGAACGGUUCAUCCGGAACCCCAAUCUCAAGGUCAUGGAGUUUCAGCCAAUGGCGUCCUCCUACUACCGCGCGGCGGCUCACCGCGUCGCACAGCACUACUCGCUCCAGACCUCCGCCGCCGACGCCGUUACUGCCGGCGGCGGCGAAUGCGCCGUCGUCGUCGCGCGAAAGAUUGGCGAGCUUCGCCCGCCUCCCGUCCGCCUCGUCGACCUCCCCCUGGGCCCUGCGGCCGCCGCCAAUCACAGCAUCGUCGCCAGCGGCGGGGACGGUGCGGAAAAUCCCGCAGGUUCGGCGGGGUUUAAGCUGGCAAUAAAGCGGAGGCCGAGCGGGGGGAGAGGAGGGGCUGCGGGGGAUGGCGUGGAAGGGGGCGGAAGUUCCGCGGACGGGCAGGGGGAAGGCGCGGGAGUGAUCCGAUCUGUGGAGGAACGGAAGGAGAUGUACAACCGGGCACGAGCGAGAAUUUUCAAUACUGCCCAAGUGGAUGCUGUGGAUAGCGAGGAGAGCGCGGGCAGCGCGGAAGGGGCAGGCGGAAAAGGCGAUGCGGGGGGGAAGCACGAGAAGGAGGGGAAGGCAGGGGGGAAAGCAGGGUCGGAGGCAGGCGGAAAGGCAGGCGGAAAGGCAGGCGGGAAGGCAGGCGGGAAGGGAAGCGGGGAGGCGGGUGCGAAGGGAAGCGCAAAGGGGAAGGGAGGUCCUGAGGAGGAGAAGACAGGGGCGGAUAAGCCCGGGGUAUCAUCUGGGGGGUCUCAAGGGUCGCACGGGCUCACCAAGAGCUCGUCUGGAGGGAGGAAAGGGAGGAGUGUGGCGAUUCUGCGAGACAGGGAGAAGGAGAAGCAGGAUCCGGACUACCAGCGCGGUUAUGAUCGGUUCUCACAGAGGUUCGAUCCGGGGUUUGGUGUGCAGGCGCCAAACCCCUACGGCGUGCAGCCCAUAUACGCCCCUGUGGUCACGUAUACCUCCGAGUUCCCCUCGCUUUCCCCUUCUGCGCCCACCAAUGCUGCUGCGGCUGGGAACCGAACCGGGCGUGGAGGCCCGGUUGGGGGCGGACCUGCCAGGCCUGGAGGUGCGGGGCCAGGUCUGGCGCCCAACUCGUCUCCUCACGGACCAGGUCAAUCCCCAGGCUCGGUGGGGGUUGGUUCGGCAGGGCUUAUCCAACCAGGGUUUCCAGGGCUAGGGUUUGCUCCGGGUAAUUUCCCCCCUGGCAACCUGCCCCCUGGCAGUAUACCCCCGGGUGGUUUACCCAUGCAUUUUCAGCAGGUUCCUACACUUGGCCCUCCCCAUCCUCUGAACGUGUGGCGGGCACAUGCUGCUGCGGGAAUGAUGGGCAUACAUGGGCGCGGGGUCAUGCCAUUGCCCGGACCUGUUCCCGGACCUGUUCCCGGAGCUGCCGCUGGUCCGGUCCCAUAUGGACUGGUUCAGUCUUCUGGCUCGAUGCCAGGCUCGGUAGGCUCACCCGUAGCAGGGGUAGGCCUGGGAAUGACUGGUUCGGCAGCAGCAGCAGGAGCAGGAAGUGGGGUUAUAGGGGGAGGGGCGGGGAUGGUUGGAGCAGCAGCAAGGGGAGGUGGCCAGGGCUUUUCCCCAAACCUUCAGAGGGACGGUAUUAUGGGUCCAGGAGCAAUGUCCGUUGCUGGUGCUGGUGCUCCCGUGAGACCAGGUCCGGGAGCAGGCUCGGGCCCGGCCUUUGCUCUAGGUAUUGUACCCGGUCCAAAUCCAGGCUUGGUUGGAAACCGAGGUAUGGGUGUGCCAGGAGGUAUGGGGUAUGGGUUCGCGGGAGGAAACAUGGUAGGGCCAGCAGGGGGGGUGGCAGGGCCGGGAUUUGCUGCGGGGCAAAUGGCGCGAGGUGGUGGGGGUGGGGGGAUGCCCUAUGUGGUGGGGGAUGGGGGGGUAAAUGGGGGAGGGAUGGGGGGAGGGAUGGGGGGUGCUGGGAAGGGAAUGUCUAGCGGGCCGGAAGCAGUUGUAGGUGCUGGUAAUGCUGCUGGUGGUGGUGGGGGGGGUGGUGUGCUUGGAGGGGGGCGGCGAGAGGUGGUUGGGCCUGGGGUUUACUCGUCUCCCAUAAGCUCCCCUUACUUGCAACAGCAGCAGCAACAGCAAUAUCAACAGCAGCAGCAACAGCAACAGCAACAGCAACAUCAUUAUCAGCAGCAGCAGCAACAACAACAGCAGCAGCAACAGCAAUAUCAGCAGCAGCAGCAGCAGCAGCAACAACAAUAUCAUCAACAGCAGCAACAUCAACAACAGAUGAUGCAACAGCAGCAAUUGCACCAGCAGCAGCAGUGGAGGCAGCAGCAACAGCAACAGCAGCAGCAGCAGCAGCAGCAGCAGCGCUAGUGGCACCGUGCACUAGUGCUGUUAGAGCCAGGGCGGGUUGCGUCCACUGCAUUGAGCAGGAACAUUCAAGCGUUAACUCUUGCUACCUCAAUGUUUUAUCUCUCGACUCUUGACGCCAUUUUAUUUCUCCGUUUUCCUGGUUUGCUUGCGCUCGUUGGUUUUUCUUGCACACGAAGACCAUUUUUCAAGUCUUAAUGGCUGAUACCGCAUGCUCAUUGCUAAGGCCUUUGUAGGGUGUCU